ACACAGCACAAGAAAUCGGGUCAUCAAAUAUGGCAGACGUGCCGAUCGAUUGUGAAUUUCCUGUUUGGGGAUUAAUGCCAAAAAAAGAAACCGGAGUUGUCUCCUUCUUAAAUAAAUAUCCAAAGUAUGAUGGAAGAGAUACCAUUAUUGCCAUAUUUGACUCUGGUGUCGACCCAGCAGCAUCAGGUCUUACGGUGACAAGCACUGGGAAAACAAAAGUAAUAGAAAGGUUCGACUGCAGUGGCUGUGGGGAUGUAGAUACGAGCACUGUUAUUAAAAAGCUAACGGAUGGAUAUAUCACAGGAUUAACAGGCCGUAAAUUGCAAUUACCAGAAUCAUGGAACAACCCAACUGGCGAAUGGAGAGUGGGAGUAUUAUAUCCCUUUUCGUUAUACCCCACAAAGGUCAAAGAAAGAAUACAGGAAUAUAGGAAGGAACACUUGUGGGAUGUGGGCCAUAAAGUAGCAUUCGCUGAAGCUAACAAACAGCUACACACUUUUGAAACAGAAGUCGUAUCAAAAAGUUCAAACCUAAGUAAUGAAGAUAAAUUGAUGAAAGAAGAGUUAGAAGCUAGAGUGGAAGUUUUACAAAUGGCCGAAAAAAAGUACACUGACUUUGGGCCAACAUAUGAUUGUGUGCUGUUUCAUGAUGGUACAGUGUGGAGAGCUUGUAUCGAUAUAACAGAAACUGGUGAUCUCUCCUCUUGUAAACUACUAGGUGAAUAUAGUGUGACCCAUGAGCACACACAUCUGACACCAUUGGAUGAGAUGACAGUCAGUAUUAAUGUUCAUGAUGAUGGAAACACACUGGAAGUUGUUGGAAUGUGCUCUACACAUGGCACCCAUGUAGCAGCAAUUGCAGCAGGCUACUUUGCAGAAGAGCCAGAUAAGAAUGGAGUAGCCCCAGGCGCUCAGAUAGUCUCCCUAACUAUUGGGGAUAGCAGACUUGGCUCUAUGGAGACAGGCACAGCUUUGGUGAGGGCCUGUAUCAAGGUGAUGGAACUAUCCAAAACUAUGAAGAUUGAUGUGAUUAAUAUGAGCUACGGGGAACAUGCUCAUUGGUCUAAUGCAGGACGCGUCGGCGACAUGAUCGGGGCUGUAGUCCGCGGCUACGGCUCCUCGUGGGUAGUUUCCGGUGGGAACCAUGGACCAGCCCUUGGCACCGUGGGUGCACCGCCUGAUAUCGCGCACCCUGUGCUCAUCGGUGUAGGCGCGUACGUGUCUGCGGAAAUGAUGUCGGCCGCGUACUCGAUGCGUGCUCGCUGUCCGCCUGGUGCUUACAGCUGGAGCUCGCGAGGACCCUGCCCCGACGGUGCCGCUGGUAUUGCUCUAUGCGCGCCUGGUGGGGCGGUAGCGUCCGUCGCCAGGUUCACACUCCGUAACUCACAGCUUAUGAAUGGCACCUCUAUGGCGGCGCCACAUGUCGCCGGAGCUGUUGCUGUGCUCAUAUCCGGUCUGAAGGAGAAGCAGCUGCCAUACUCCCCAUACUCGAUGAAGCGCGCGCUGGAGAAUUCCGCGACGUAUCUGAAUCACGUGGAACCCUGGGCGCAGGGCUGCGGUUUGCUCAAUGUUGAACGUGCUUUUGACAUUCUGACAAAGUAUCCAAACGAGGUGGAGCGCGACGUGACUUUCCAAGUAUCGUGCGGUUCCGGCUGCAAGGGAAUCUUGCUUCGACCACGGCAUGCUGGAGAGCCCCCGCGCGACCUGUCCAUCACCGUGGAACCCCACUUUUUGCACGACCGCACGCGCGAUGAAGUUGCAGAGGAGACGGAGCGUGUGAUCGGCAAGCAGAUAGAGUUCAGUGUGCGGGUGGCGCUAGGAGUGGCGGCCGAGUGGGUGUCGGUGCCCGCACACCUGGAUGUGCCCAAUGUAGCACGCGUGUUCACCGUGCGGGUUAACACAGCCGCGCUGCCGCCGGGCCCGCACUUUGCCAGUAUCAACGCGUACGACGUGUCGUGUGUGGAGAAGGGCCCCGUGUUCCGUGUACCCGUCACCGUACUCCAGCCCGAGUCCCUCCCCGCGCCCCCGCUGCCGCAGAGAGUCCACCGCCCUGCUGCGUUGUUCCGCCCCGCCGCCAUAGCGCGACACUUUCUCAUACCGCCGCAGGAAGCCACGUGGGGCGUGGUGCGUGCUCGUGUCGUGGAAGGCGGCGAGCAAGGCGGCCGCUUCCUGGUGCACGUGAUGCAGUUGGCUCCGCGCCGGUCCUGCCGCUCGCACGAGACGCACAAGAUGAUCACACUGGCGGGAGACGCCACGCAGGCGCUGCCCUUCCAGCUCGUGGGUGGCAUCACAUUGGAGGUGGCCAUAGCAAAGUACUGGGCCAAUCCGGGUGAGAUUACGCUCGACUACACUAUUGAACUGUUCGGCAUCAAGCCGGACUUUGGCUCCAAGCUGACGAUCUCUCCCUCCUCGCUCACCCCCGUGAUGCUUCGUGCCCUCAGCCCACAAGAUGUUCAGCCCAUGGCACAACUCAAGUACUGCGAGCCAGUCUACAGACCGACAGAUUCCAAGAUCAGUCCGCUGACGAAGCGAGAUAUGGUGCCGCCGUGCAGGCAGAUCUACCAGCUGAUCAACACGUACACCUUCAAUAUUGCUAAACCCACCGAGGUGUCCCCAAUAGUGGGUUGGCUGAGCGACAUGCUGUACGAAUCAGAGUUUGAGUCUCAGAUGUGGAUGCUGUACAACUCUAGUAAACAGCUGAUGGCCGUCGGCGAUGCUUAUCCAUCUAAGUAUUCAGUAAAGCUGGAGAAAGGUGAAUACACAGUGCGAGUUGCUGUUCGUCACGAAAGCAAAGUAAUGCUGGAGCGGUUGCAAGACAUGCCUCUAGUAGUUCAGCAACGCCUUUCACAGCCCAUCACACUCGAUGCCUACUGCGACCAGCCCAACGCGCUGACAGGGGGUAAAAAAUUUGCAACAGCAACGCUCAACAACAACAGUCUUCUGCCAGUGUACUUCACACCAGUGCCAGCUGACAAAGUGAGCCGGUCGAACGUGACGAUCGGUCAGACGCUGACGGGAAGUGUGACCUUCGCCAAGGACGAGCUGGGGCGUCGCGUGGACUCGUACCCGCUGCAGUGCGUCGUGUGCGAGCCGCCGCGGCGGCGAGACGCACGAGACCGCGACCGCGAGCGGGACAAGGCACGCCUCUUCGACGAUUACCUCGAGGCUGUUAAAGACCUUGCCGCCACCUGGAUGCCCAAGUUGGAGGGAGACAAGCUAGAGCAACUGUACGAGCAGGUGACAGAGCGGUUCCCCAAUCACCUCGGCGCGCACGUGGCCUACCUACACGCACUGGAUCCGCCUUCGCCCCACGACCAUGCCAAACUGCCUACACUAGAGGAGCCUGACGUGACCAGCGCGUGGUGCGAGCAGUUGGUGUCCAUCUCGGACAAGGUGAUCAAGAAUAUCGACCAGGAGAAGCUGCUGGCGUACCUUGGCAUCAAGAACGACACGCGUAGCGACGCAGCUAAGAUCAAACAAGAGCACGAGAAGCAGCGCGGCUGGCUAAUCGAGGCGCUAUGCCGCAAGGGCGUGGCGCUGUGUCGCCUGAAGCAGCUGGCACAGGGCGGCGGCGCCCAAGACAAGUUGGCGGAGAUGAUGCACAACAACAUGCUGGAGCUGCUCAAGUACACCGACCUCACUGACGCCAAGACGAUCCAGUACGGCGUGUGGCAGUCGUUCGCGCUGCAGCAGUGGGGACGAGGUGCUCGUCUUGCAACCCGGCUGGCCGAGGAGCGCGGGGCCCGCGCCGCCGACGAGUGUGUGGCGGCGGCCGCCGAGCGACUGGGUUGGCCGCACCUGGCGCGACACACGCGGCGACACCUGCCGCUCAAGUACCCCGCGACCUACCGCCCCUUCUGAUACCACACACACACAUAACACACAUUACAAUAACACACAACUCAACAUAAUCGCCAUUUGGCACUAGAUUUUUCAUCAGGGGCGUGCAUUGGUUUUCUAGCAUGGUAGGCGCUGUAAAUCUAACAACUUGUUUUUGUUUAGCUUUUGAACAUGCAAUCUGGAGAUUGAUCCACCUUAGGCAUUUAGUAUCUAGCGUAAGGAAAUAUUUUAUGAGUGUUCAAUAGAAGUUUGUUACAAAAUUAAACUAAAUUAACUUUAACGCUAUAUUUAUUUAGGUUCAUAUCGAGAUAGGCACUGCCUUAUUGUCUACAUGUUAUGCACGCCCCUGUCUUUCAUGUACACCAAGAUCGGAAGUGCCGUUCGGCACACUACGCCCUGAUCAGGUAUUGACUCUCAAUAGUUUAUUUUACACGGUCUUAUAGCUUGUUUCAAUCGUUUUCUUAUAUAUUUUCUCAUAUCAUCCUAAUUAUAAGCAAUCUAUUCAAAAAAGUAAAAUAAACGCUGCGCACUCGUCAAAAUGGCGCCGAUCUAUUGAAUACCGCGGCGCGGGGGCACUUGCCGAUCAUGGAAAGUUACAUACUUUUUCAUAAAAAAAGUCACCUUCAGCCUACCCUAUAUUAAGGUGAUUGGGCCUUAGUCCAUCCACUCAAGCCGUUAUUCAAAUUUACACGCAACCUUUAUUGUUGUGUGUAGAUUUUACUUAAUGUAUUUUUCCCGGCAUUUUGCGUG